GUGAUAAAAACUACAAAAAAGGAAAUAAAAAGAACAUCAGUUUCCGGAAACAUCAGUCCGGAUAAAAUGUUCAACGAUUGCAUACAAAAAUACUAUCUUAUUUCUGUUUGAUAAGGGAGAAUGAUUCGAAAUCUGUUAAAAUAAAGUUCAAACGAUAUUCACAAUGUGUACACAGUGCAGCCAGUAGGGAUAAAUAGCCACAAAGUAUUCAUGUUGAUUUUAGAAUUCUUAACAGCAAAAACGUGCCAUACACCGAAUUUCUCUUGGCAAUGUUGUUUUACAAAAAAGUGCUCACAUGCUGUAUGUUUGGAGAUUGCAUUCAAUUCAAUGUUUGGUAAAUAUUAUUAUCAGAUGCUGCUCUUCAAAAAUGUUUCAGAUCUGACCAAAUAAAAAUUCCACAAUAGGACAACAACUAACAAAACAUGUGGGAGCUGAAGUUAUGCUAAUAAAAUAAUAAUAUGAAUGAAAAACUUUGUGGACAAAAUUCAAAUGAGUAGAAUCACCAGUAUUUGUGCAAUGAAAACAACAACGAAAAUGUACUUGUCUGUCAUUCUAUCCACUCUGUGCAUCGUUUUCUUCCAAUAUCAGUUGUCAAAGGCAAGUUUCGUUACAUUGCAACGAAGCGAUUCUAUCGGUGGCAGCACCAGCACCAAUAAUAUUAUAACAAGUGAAAAAAAUGGCAAUGAACUAAAAGAGCCUUCUCCAAUGUUGCCUCCACUGUAUAUUAUAACACCUACUUAUCGACGGCCCGAGCAAUUGGCCGAAAUUACACGCUUAGGGUACACUUUGAAACACGUACCGAAUUUGUUAUGGUUAGUUAUCGAAGAUGCUGCUACUCCAUCCGCUUUGGUCACACGACAACUUAAACGAAUCGGUGUUCCCUUCGAACACUUGGUUGCACCAAUGCCGGACAAAUUUAAAAAGCGUGUGGUAAAGCCGCGUGGUGUAUCGAAUAGAAAUCGUGGUUUGACUUGGAUACGUAAAAACGCAACCGACGGUGUUUUCUAUUUUGCUGACGAUGAUAAUACAUACGAUUUAGAAAUAUUUGACCAGAUGCGACAUACUAAAAAAGUGUCCAUGUGGCCAGUUGGCUUAGUUACCAAAUACGGCUUGAGCAGCCCAAUCGUUCGGAAUGGGUCGAUAUCUGGAUUUUAUGAUGGAUGGAUAGGUGGAAGAAAGUAUCCUGUUGAUAUGGCUGGAUUUGCAGUAAAUGUUAAAUUCUUCCUAAGUCGACCAAAGGCCAUUAUGCCAUAUCACGCUGGAUACGAGGAAGAUAAAUUUCUGAGAAGUCUAUCGCCACUGAAUAUCACUGAAAUUGAAUUGCUAGCAUCAAAUUGUACAGAGAUAUUAACAUGGCACACACAAACAAAGAAGAAUCCGGUAGCUUCUCCGAUUGAUAUGCACAAAUACAAUGGAACAAACUUAGUUAGGUUACGAAAAUUAAUUGUAUGAAAUGAUUAGUAUUUUAUGGUAUUUCAAAGAAAUCUAGAAAUUAAAUAAUAAACCAAAGAGAUAACGUAAAUUGACUUCAUUAAAGUAUGAAAGACUCGUACUUAAACAUUUCAAAAAUUUAUUUGUAUAUAAAACUGCAUUAAAACAAUGUCUCAUAAAAAAAAAAUCAAGAACAAAAAAUUCGAGCAAUAAAUAAUUCAUCGACUUAGAUAUCACUCUCUUCCACUUAUUUAAGUCAACGAUUUUAGUUUAUUGAAAGAAAAAAUUGGCCAAAUACGGCAAGCUACUUUUGUCCAAAUAUUUUUUAUUCAUCGCAUUGUUUUUUUCUUGAUAUACAAUUGCAAACAGUAGCAACAUAGUUGAAACUGAGCCAUAUUUGAUCACAGUGUCUGAGAUAAAUUUUUUAAAACUUUGAUUGUAGAUUAAAUCCCAUAACAUAAUCGAAAUAACAUUGAUAUCAUAUCUCAUUUUGAAUUGUAAUAGUAUUAACUAAUAACAUCUAAGCAAGUUUUGAAAUUGUAAUGGCAUGAAGCGCCGAGUAUUGUCACAGUGAUAUUAAAUAUUCAUUUGGCGCCUGAUCUUCAUGGUGAGUUCUAAUUGUAGCGUCUACACGCACAAAAUCUCUGACAACAACAUAUGCCAUAGUCGUUAGCCGUGGGCAAAUCUGAUUAAUCUUAAAUAAUCCAAAUAAUUGUUCGAAUGCUUAAAAUGAAAUAAAAGUCUUUUAUAUUCAUUUAUUAUAUCAAUAAUUUCAAGAUUGCCAUAUCAAUAUCAUUUAAUCUUAUCUCAACGUAUUCGCAACUUUUGAUUAUUAAGAGAAAAUUCACGAAAUCAGAUUGUAUAUAGUAAAGUUUUAAAAUAAACCAUUACCAAGGCGUUUCA